UCCGUUUUGCCAGAGCCCGUGUAAACCCUCCGCCGCGCGCCGGCGCCCCGCUCUCCCGCCCGGAUCCGAAUGGAGACCGGCAGCGGCGGCGGCGCCAGGACAAGGCUGCCGAAGACGGAGUCGGCGGAGAUGCGGUGGGUGGCCCAGGGCGGCGCCUACGAAGAGGACGAGAUCGAGAGCUCCGACGACGGGGCGUACGACGGCCCGGGCUCCCGCGGCGGCUUCUCGGACUCCGACGACAACUACGAGGAGGCCGAGCUGCUCCGCCAGCGGCUCGUGCGCACGGGCCCGCGCGCCGACUCCCUGGACGUCGAGGCGCAGGACGUCGCCGGCAUGUACCGCCACCAGGAAAUUACCUUAGGCAGGGGUAUUGUGCUGGCUCUUCAGACACUAGGUGUCGUCUUUGGGGAUGUUGGUACUAGUCCAUUGUACACUUUUGAUAUUAUGUUCAACAAGUACCCUAUUACUUCAAAGGAGGAUGUACUUGGAGCACUCUCUCUUGUAAUAUACACUCUGAUUCUAAUACCAUUGCUGAAGUAUACUUUCAUUGUUUUAUGGGGAAACGAUGAUGGAGAAGGAGGGACAUUUGCCUUAUACUCACUAAUAUGCAGGAAUGCAAGGGCUAGUCUGCUUCCUAAUCAACUACGCUCUGAUACUCGUAUAUCAAGCUUCCAACUCCAGGUGCCUUCGGUAGAACUGGAGAGGUCUUUGAAGAUCAAGGAGCGUCUUGAGACUUCAUCUAUGCUAAAGAAGCUACUUUUGAUGCUUGUUCUUUUUGGUACUUCUAUGGUCAUAGCGGAUGGUGUUGUCACACCAGCAAUCUCAGUGAUGUCUGCUGUCAAUGGCUUGAAGGUCGGAAUAUCUAGUGUUAAUGAAGGUGAAGUUGUGAUGAUCACUGUUGCAGUUCUUAUUGUUCUGUUCAGUCUGCAACGAUUUGGGACAAGCAAAGUGGGGCUUGCUGUUGGUCCUGCCUUGUUCAUAUGGUUUUGCUGCCUAGCUGGAAUAGGAAUUUAUAACAUCAAGACAUAUGGUUCAGCUGUAUUAUGGGCAUUUAAUCCUAUGUACAUCUACUAUUAUUUUGAAAGAAACCCAACCCAAGCUUGGAUGUCUCUUGGAGGAUGUGUUCUAUGUGCUGCUGGAUCUGAGGCAAUGUUUGCUGAUUUGUGCUACUUCUCUGUCAAAUCUGUUCAGCUUACCUUUGUGUUUCUUGUUCUUCCGUGCCUGCUACUGGGUUACCUAGGGCAAGCUGCAUAUCUUAUGGAAAAUUUAACAGACAAUCAGCAGGUCUUCUUUUUAUCAAUUCCAAAUCAGGCAUUUUGGCCAGUGGUAUUCAUAGCUAUUCUGGCAGCCAUAAUUGCUAGUCGCACAAUGACAACUGCUAUAUUCUCAACAAUAAAGCAGGCCACAUCUCUUGGCUGUUUUCCCCGCCUCAAGAUUAUUCACACAUCUAGAAAGUUCAUGGGUCAAAUAUACAUCCCAGUGAUGAACUGGUUUUUGUUGAUUUCUUGUCUUGCAUUUGUUACAGCAUUUGGGAGCAUCAAUGAGAUUGGAAAUGCAUAUGGCAUAGCUGAACUUGGGGUCAUGAUGAUGACUACAGUGUUGGUGACCAUCAUAAUGCUUCUGAUAUGGCAGAUAAACAUCAUUGUAGUUCUGUGCUUUCUCACCCUCUCCCUGGGUCUGGAAUUAAUUUUCUUUUCUUCAGUAUUGAGCAGUGUAGCAGAUGGGAGUUGGGUUCUUUUGGUAUUUGCGGCUGUCCUGUACUUGAUAAUGUACAUAUGGAACUAUGGAACCAAGUUGAAGUAUGAAACUGAGGUUAAGCAAAAACUUUCAAUGGAUUUGUUGAUGGAGCUAGGUUGUAAUCUGGGCACAGUCAGAGCUCCUGGAAUUGGAUUACUUUACAACGAACUUGUGAGGGGAGUUCCUGCAAUCUUUGGUCAAUUCCUCGCCACAUUGCCAGCCAUACAUUCAAUGAUCAUAUUUGUCUGCAUCAAGUGGGUUCCAGUUCCUGUUGUACCUCAGAAUGAGAGAUUUCUCUUUCGUCGGGUCUGUCCAAAGAGCUAUCAUAUGUUUCGCUGCAUUGCUAGGUAUGGGUACAAGGAUGUACGCAAGGAGAAUGACAACAAAGCAUUUGAGCAGCUUCUGGUGGAGAGUCUUGAGAAGUUCAUACGGCGAGAGGCCCAAGAGCGCUCCCUAGAGAGUGACCAAUAUGAUGUUACAGAUUCUGAAGAAGAGGUUGCAUCAGCUUCAUCAAGAGUGUUCGUUGGUCCCAAUGGUAGCAUCUAUUCUGCUGGCGUUCCACUCCCCGCCGAUUUGGCUGGUACUGAGAACCCAACCAUUGGGUCAAGCAUGUCAUUUGAUGGGUCUCUGGAUGAGGCAAUCGAUGGGAUGGGAAGCCUAGACAACGAGCUCUCCUUCAUCAACAGGGCCAGAGAGUCGGGCGUGGUGUACCUUCUGGGCCACGGCGACAUCAGAGCUCGGAAGGACUCCUUCUUUGUCAAGAAGCUUGUGAUCAACUAUUUCUAUGCCUUCUUGAGGAGGAACUGCAGGAGAGGCAUUGCGACGCUGGGUAUACAGGAAGCCCAGAUGAUGCGGGUCGCGAUGCAGUACAUGGUUUAGGGGUUGUCAGCUUGUGCUGUUCUGCAUCCAUUUUGAUCUUUGGUGGUAAGGAAACUAAACUCAUUAGAUCUAGAGGGGUGAGAGUUUUUCCUUUUUUUCGAGAAGCUGCUUUCCUCCCAACAGAAUGAAACACUAACAAAAGGUACUGCUUAACUGAAGGCGAUCGAAAAACUAGUCCAUUCAGGAAUAUUAACAAAAGGUCACUUUUACCUCCAUCAUUUAUGUCUGAACGUUUCCCUGUUGUAAACGAUACCAAACGCCGUCCUGGUGAAGCACUGGAGCCUCUGAAUGUAAGCCUUGUCAUGUCCCAGCGGUGCCACCCCCAAUCCAUGCAUGUAGCAGGGAAUGGCGGAAUGCUACUGCCAACACAAAACCUGCUCUGGCGGCAUUUGCUUGUCUGCUUGUGUUUAGAAGAAUCGACGACAGGCAGAGCUAUCAAUUGUCACAGCUGCACGGCUGCACCAAUC